AAAUAGGUUUUAGCUAGCUAGCUAUAGAACGUUAGAUUGCGUUAGCCUGUAGCUAAUUGUGCUUGAGUGUUUUUGACAAACGAUUGAAAGUUAGCGGAUGGACUAUCUGCUUCUUGUGUCUACAUUUAUUUGAGUGGCAAUGCAAAACAUUGUUUAAAAUACAUUGUAACAGUUACGUUAGCUAGCUAACUAACGUUACAUUUUAGCAAUUUCUCUUUCCCCGUUGCUGUCACAUCAACAUCCCGCCCCUAUCUUUUCCUAUUGGAAAAAUGUGUGAGAAUCCCAUGUUGUGAUCGUAUCCUUGGUUUGUUAGUGGUUCACCAGCCUGUCUGUUGUCAAUGCGCCACUUGUUGCUAGGGAGGUUGCUUGAUAGCGGAAGUGAGUGUUAUCAACACUUCCCACUGGAGUCUGGACGAUAAAUGCCGUUGGAUGCUGGCAAGGAUUUUUUAGGUUGCCUACUUUUAAACACUAUUGAUGGAUAUACUGAUGCAUCGUUUUUAUUGCUAUUAAUUUAAUGUAAUUGUGUAUGUGUGAGUGACACAUCGGUAAACUGGAGAUCUUGAAAAGAAAAUGGAUGAGAGGGAGACUGAAGCGUAGCUACUGGAGGAGAACCCAAGAGACCCUCCCUCUUUCACCUUAACAACUAUCUAUUCCUGCACUGGGCUAGAUAUGGGAGGACUUACUAAUGGGGAAGACCAAAACCUGACCUAGAAAACAGUUCACCCUUUGACUGAUAUUGGACUCGCAUAAAAGACCACAGAAACCCUCUACAUUCUAUUCACAUUUUAAGCAAACUCCAAAAGUCCCUCUCCACUUCUGUCAUAUCUGCAAUUUUCAUACUUUUCAUUCUUUAUCACAGUCUUUAUCUCAAUAUCAACUAUUGCGGAACUCUAGUUUGUCCAUUGUUUUUAUUUAUUUUUUACUUAUUUUUUUACUUUCACUUUUUGUUCCUUUGUAAAGAAAUGCUUUACCUGAAAAAGUACUUCACAGAGGGCCUGAUUCAGUUCACCAUCCUCCUGAGUCUCAUUGGGGUGCGGGUGGACCUGGACACCUACCUGAGCAAUCAACUGCCCCCACUGCAAGAGAUCAUCCUAGGCCCCAGCUCGGCCUACACCCAGACGCAGUUUCACAACCUCCGCAACACGCUGGACGGGUAUGGCAUCCAUCCCAAGAGUGUGGACCUCGACCAGUUCUUUACCACCCGCCGGCUGCUGAACCAGGUGCGCCAGCUAGAUCGACUGUCAGUGCCCAGUCCAGAACUGAGCACGUGGUUGGUGCACCGCGACCCUGAGACUGUGGUGUCCGCCGCCAGCCAGCCCAGCCCAAGCAUCACCCUGGACAAUGGGGCCGGCCUGGAGGACGUGAACAACUCCGAAGCCCCGGCCAUGAGGGGGGGCGGCGGAGCGCCUGAGUCCACCUACAAUCUGAGUGGAGAGGACCGAACCCUGGGAGCCGUGGCCCCCGAGGACAGCCAGGAGCAGGGCAACAGGGAGGGCAAUGAUGACCUCACCAAAGAGGACAUUGAUUUGAUUGACAUCCUGUGGCGACAGGAUAUCGACCUUGGCGCAGGACGGGAAGUGUUCAACUACAGCAGCCGCCAGAAGGAGAGUGAGGCGGAGAAGCCCAGCCCAGAGGAGAAGGAGGAAGGAGCAGAGGCACAGGAGAGCUGGAGGAACGGAGUGAACCUUCAAGAGGCUCAGCCUGUGGAUGGAGAGACAGGGGAGAGCAUACCAGAGCAGCUCCCAGGCCUUGGCUCUCAGACCUCACUGUCUCUGCAGGAAUGCCUGAGGCUGCUUGAGGCCACCUUCCCUUUCGGAGAAGAAUCUCCUGAGUUUGUAGCCCCUGUAGUCACUGCUGAGCUUGCAGUGGCCAAUGAAGAAGCUCCAUCCACAUCUCAGGGGCUGCCACUGCCUCCCCCGUUGCCCCAGCCUGUGCCCCAGUUGGACCUGGAGCAGCAGUGGCAAGACAUCAUGGCUAUCAUGGAACUACAGGAAAUGGAGGUUAACAACACCUCCGAGAACUCCUUCCUCAGCACUACUUCCAACAGUGCCAAUUCCAGUGGCAGCACAACCGAGUCAGGCUCGGUUGAAAGCUUUGGACUUAUUAGCUCCUCCAACCUUAUCCACCAAGAUGUCAGCCUUCACCAGGCCUCCCUCCCUAGCUGCAGCCAGGAUUUCCCCACGCUUUUCAAUUCAGAGAUUGAUGGCACUAGCACCCCACGCCCCCCCUUGCUUAGAAUGUCCUCCAGCUCCAACUCCUCCAACGUCAACUCUACAUUUGGAGCCACCAACCUGACUGGACUCUUUCUCCCACCACCUCUAAACAGCACCAACAACAUCACUUCGACCCCAGUGUUGCCUGACCCCUUCAGCAGUCUGCUGGAGGAGUCUAUGCUGGAUGAGAUCAGCCUGCUGGACCUGGCGAUGGAGGAGGGCUUCAGCCAGGCCCAGGCCUCUCAGUUGGAGGAUGAACUCGACUCAGACUCAGGCCUCUCCCUGGACUCCAGUCACAGCCCGGUCUCCCCGAGCAGCUCUGAGACCUCCUGCUCCUCUGCCGCCUCCUCCUCCACCUCUGCCACCUUCUCAGAGGAAGGGGCUGUGGGAUACAGCACUGACUCUGAGUCAGCCACCGUGGAACCAGAAGAAGGUGCUGUGGGGGGCUACCAGCCCGAAUUCAACAAGCUCUGCCGCAUGAGCUACCAGGACCCCUCCCAAUUCCACGGGCUCCCUCAGCUCGACAACAUCAACCACAAUCACACCUACAACUUACCUCUGUCUUCAUCGUUUGAUGAACACCCAGAGCUACCGAUUCCCACUGGCAAGAAAAUGGGCCGCGAGAAGCAGUCAAAGCUUCAGCCCCAACAGGACUUCCUGGACAAACAGUCGAGUCGCGACGAGCGCCGGGCUCGGGCCAUGAAGAUCCCCUUCUCAAAUGAGAAGAUCAUCAAUCUGCCUGUGGAGGAGUUCAACGAGCUUCUGUCCAAGCACCACCUGAGCGAGGCCCAACUGGCCCUCGUUCGCGACAUUCGUAGACGUGGCAAGAACAAGAUGGCGGCCCAGAACUGCCGGAAGCGCAAGCUGGAUACCAUCGUCAACCUGGAGCAAGGGGUGCACGACAUGCGUCGUGACAAGGCGCGGCUUCUGAAGGAGAAGAUGGAGUUCAUUCGCUCCAUCCGUCAGAUGAAGCAGAAAGUGCAAAGCCUCUACCAGGAAGUGUUCACCCAGCUUCGGGAUGAGGAGGGCCGGCCCUACCCCCCCAGCGAGUACUCGCUCCAGUACAGCGCCGACGGCAGCGUUCUGAUAAUGCCACGCAGCAUGACAGAUCAGCAGACCCGUAAGCCCGACAAGAAACAAAAGGACAAAAAGAAGUGAGGAGGAAGCUGCUGCCUUUUCUUUCAUUUAGCAAAAAUCACUAAGAACGAAUUCUGCAGACGCAAGAGAUGUCUUUUUUUCUUUGAGAAGAUUCUUGUGAGGAGAAAAAUAGCGUUGUUGACUACUCUUCCUGCAUUCGUUUUUUUUUUUUUUUUUGGGUGGGGGUUCCUGCGUUUUCUCUGGAAAACGAUUUUUCAUUGUUUAGGUGGAAAAAAGGAAUGAACAAGGAAAAUAAGGGGUUCAAAGGCUUCUCUGGAUCCUAUGGCACCAGGCCAGUGUAGAGGAAGCCGAUAAAUCAUGUUGUGAAGUGAAGGGACUGGUAUCAAGUGAAGUGGAGUUGAAGAAAAACAAACAUUUAGUCAACAUGAAUUGGGGUGUAAAUUCCGGCCAAUUGUUAGUCAGCGUUGAACAGAUUGUUAAACCAGAUUUCUUGCUUGGGCCUUGAAGUAAUUGGUGGAGUGUGUUUCUGGAGUAAGUAGAAGUUUCACAUGUAAAGAGGAAAGCCAAGAGAAACUUGAGAUAAAAAGCAAGUCCAUCAUCUGGGAUACCAUUAUCUUAUACCGCCGAUACUAACCAAAUUUGUAUGGUUCACUUCACUUGUUUUCUAGGCAAAUGUCUUGGUAGUCUGCACUCAUUCAAAAUGUGUUUGUAUUACAAAUACCACCGUUUUUUGAUUGGCCAAUGUCAUUGAGACUGAUGUAGAACUAGGACACUGGAACACAAAAAAAGAGAGGCUUGGAGAGUAUUCUUGGGCUAGCCAUGAUGGUGGAGCUUGACGAGUAUAGGAGACGGGGCGCUGAGGAAGAAGGCACACACUGCAUUACAAAUGUACCAGCUUCUGUAUAUCAAUACAUAGCACUGUAAUUUGUCCUUCUAAGGCUUGGCUGUAUGCAUCGUGCCGUGUCUCUGGCUAUCCCUCUGCCGCAGGUUUAAGGAUGAGCUCUUCUGGUAAUUUUUUUGUUUCCACACUUUCUCAUACUCUCCAGAAUAAGAUAGGUUAGAGGUCUGGCUUCAUAUCAUCUUAGGUCUACUCCCUUAUUGCAUCACACACCGUGUGUUGUGCCUGUAACCACAUUGCAGGAAUGUUACAGGCCAGGGAAAAUCACAAUACUGAUUGUGGUAGGCCAUCUUUGCAGGAACUACUGUAUGAACUGCAACCCUGUGGAAGUGUCACCUGUUAAUUACUAAUCAAAUGCACCCAUCUUUACUGUCAUUAACAUUAGGUUGGUUGGUUUUCUUGUAAGGUGACAGAGAUAAGCAGUAUGGCUGUCCAGUAAUUGCAGAGUGGUAGCCUUUGAAAGAGUAACUUGGGAAUGUUGUCAUUCUAUUUGAUAGUUACCUGAAGCAAUGGACAAGAUUCAGUUGAUGAAUAGCCUAGUUGUCAGCUGCAAUAGUUUACGGUCAUACGUUUGUGUCGUUAGAGAAGUAAAUCAAUUGAAUCGAACUGACAAGAAGAAUGUGUGAAGUGAGCACCUUGUUUUCGAAUGCCUUUGUUGUGGGUUUUGAGAACAAAGGUUAUUGGACUGUUAAAGUGCUAUUAUCUGAACUUGUGUUUUAUUGGGGUCAAAAAUUGUGUUUUAGCAUGUACCCCUAACAAAAAAGAUAAUUAGUCAAUUGAAUGCGGCAGAGAUGGCUGUUUGAAGGAGAAUUUGAGUACAUUUGUGAGAUCUACAGUAAAGGGGGGGAAAUAACUAAGUUGCUGCAAUGAUGAGAAUGACCUAUGUUCUUAUUCAUCCACAUAACUUUCAUUGUUCUUGUCAUCACUAACCUCAGAGGGGAGCCAAGUAAAAUACAUUGCUUUUAAUAAAAUGUUUCAUGCAGAACUAAUACUUUAGCAGGAAAUACAUUUGGGGCGUCUCAACAUUUUAAUUAAAAGAAAUGAGACAGCUGAUAAGUUGUUAGUUCUCACACUUAAGAAAACAUUUGACAUAUUCAGACAUGCAAACGUUCACCUGCAUUGCAACACAAUGCAAAACCCACUAUUAAGUUAUUACUACUCUUAGUGCACUGCAUUUGUUAGUCUUGUUUGUUCUGUAAAUAUUUAAAUGUUUCAUGUUUUGUCAUUCUUUUUCUGUAGUUUGUGUGUUUUGCACAGCCUUCUCACCCCUGCUUUGGGUUUGGCUGUGCCGUUUCUUUGGUUUACUUUAAAAUAUUUGCUGGCAAUCUGGGAUUGUUAUUUUGAUUAAUAAAGUGUUUUUAUUUUCA